AUGCACGUUCCCCCAACCUCAAAACCACCACCAAAACCACCACCCCAACAGCCCAGACCAGACCAGACCAUCACCCCCUUCCUUUCCCCGCAGUAUAACAGCAAUCGAAACAGCGCCAUCACCUCCACAGCUCCAGCGCCAAACGGCCAGGGCCGCCCGCGAUUAUCACCUACUGGACCGGGAGAUUGUCUCUGCACGGACAGCCACAAGCCACAGCCGUCCUGUCAACUGACACUUUGGCCGUUCCGCAGAUGCUCAUUCGUUCCGGGGUUUGUUUUCCCCCCUCUCUUUCGCGUGGAUAAGCUCGACGUUGCGGGUGCGGAAGCGGAACUGAAGCUGGAGCUGGAGCUCGAUGGCUAG